AUGCUCGCCCUGCGUGGCCGCGGAGCGUGCCGGGCGUGGGCGGCCGUGGUGGUGGCGCUCUGCUUCCCCGCCUGGUUUGGAACCGCCGCCGCCGCCGCCGCCGCCGCCGGCCUCCCUUUCAAUUCGAACGGACUGGGCUCGAACUCCAUCAAGAACCCGCUCUCCGGCGGCUCCUCGCUUAGCGGCGGGAGCGGGGUAAUGUACGACGGCAGCAAUAAAAGCCGUGCCGGCGAUUCACAGAAACUUGUCUUGUGCGCCGCGGACGAGGAUUGCAAAGCCGAAGAGUUUUGCUCCACCCCUGCUCGGGGGGGCGUCUCCGGAGGAGGAGGAGGAGGAGGAGGACUGGUUUGUCUGACCUGCCGCAAACGCCGCAAGCGCUGCUUCCGCGACGCCAUGUGCUGUUCGGGCAACUUUUGCAACAACGGUAUGUGUGUAGAAUUUGACCACUUUCAUCCUGGAAGGUUUGAAGAGAUCAUCACAGAAAGUUUUGACCAUGGUACUUUGGACUCCCAUCUGAAAAGGACCACGACUUCAUCCCAAAUGUAUCACAUAAAAGGCCAAGAAGGAGCUGUAUGUCUCCGUUCCUCAGACUGCACUGAAGGACUCUGUUGCGCCCGUCACUUCUGGUCCAAGAUUUGCAAACCUGUCCUUAAGGAAGGUCAGGUGUGUACAAAGCACCACAAAAAAGGCUCUCAUGGUUUGGAACUCUUCCAGAGGUGUUACUGUGGGGACGGACUGACUUGUCGGCUGCAAAAAGAUCACACUCUCAGCAAUUCUUCACGACUACAUACUUGCCAGAGACAUUAGCAGUGUUCGCUUUCUCCUAAUCCUGAUGGACUCAGAGGGACUUUCAUGAGUGUGGGAUGCUCUCGUUACUGAAAAUACCUUGAAAGACUGACAUUUUUUUCAGAGUGUACCCUAAAGUACUCUGGCAUUUCCCCCUCUCUGCAAAUGGAGUACAAGGCAUGUUUCUUUCAGAAACUAUUUUUCAAGUGACUAAUUGCAGUAAAUUACUGUGUCUGUAAAUUCUUGGGUGUGGCACUUAACUGUACACUGUACGGAAUUUUAAUUUUUCCCAAAGUGCUACAUGGUGUCUAUUCUGACAUGCGUUAUACACACUGGUUUUAUUAUAUUGAACAUAAAAAUUGUUUGGCAAGUU